AUGGAAGUAGCGUGGAUUUGUCGAUAUUCAAAGCUUCGACAAUUGCAGCUCUGGCAAAAUAUGACGGAGAAAUCGGUUGACAACCGGGAAAUAAAUCCACAAGUUGUUCUCGAAUCAUUUUUUGCACAACAACUGGAUAACCGACGAGAUGAACGACGUGAUUCUGUUUGUCGAUUCUCAUCAAUCCUUGUUGAGCCAAGUACUGAGCAUGUUCUGAAAUAUAAAAUUAAGAGGUGUCUGUUUUUUGCCAGCAUGAUGAAUAAGAUUUGGAAGACUGAUCCGUCUGUUCGAACACAUUUCUCAAAUCCACCAGUGGAUCGACCACGUGAACAUCUGAACCCCCUACAAAUCGAGCAGCCAAAUGAGACAUUCUGGCUAGUUGUCGAUAAGGAAUCAUCUUUAGCUGCAAUUAAUUCUGAAAUUCCAUGA